AUGGAAUCUCUUUUCUUCAAUGUAACUGUCAAUUUACGUCCAUUAUUUUAUCUCACCUACGUUUUUUGCUGCAGGUUGACAGCGGCUUCCUGGAGGGCUUGGGAGGGCGUGAUCGGAGGUUACAAGGCCAGCAUCCUCACACAGAACCAAUAUUGCAACUUGACUCAGUGCGAAUCUUUUGAAGACUUCAGAACCCAGUUGUCCGCCACAGACUAUGGAAACUUUCUAGCCAACGAGCCUCUCCCCAUCUCCACCUCGACCAUCACCGACAAAGGCGCUCAUCGCCUUGGCGGAGUCUGA